GAUCGGAAUGUCUCUAUUGAUUUAUUCAAACCGGAUCAGUCAUUAUUUCUGUUCAGACAACCUUCAUAUAACCCUGUCGCAACACCGAUGUAUCAAUAUCGAUUAUCGUUCACUAUUCCGCAUCCAUCUCAUAAUAGCGAUUUUAAAUUUCAGCAGGAAUAUCGUAUAGCAUUAGAGCAACUUAAUAGAGGGCUACCUGUUCAUGUCACGAAUUUAUAUUUCCGGGAGAGGGAUAGCAUCUCCCUCUUUGAUAUAUGGAAUCACUUGAUUCGGCUUUCUAUAAUAAUCAAUGACAACAAUAGGAGUAGUGGCAGCAGUAUUAAUAGUAGUAAUAAUAAUAAUAAUAAUAAUAAUAAUAAUAAUAAUAAUAAUAAUAGUAGUAGUAGUAGUAGUAGUAGUAGUAGUAGUAAUAAUAAUAAUAAUAAUAAUAAUAAUAAUAAUAAUAAUAAUAAUAAUAAUAAUAAUAAUGACGAUGAUGACGAUGAUGAUGAUGAUGAUGAUAAAAAUUCCUAUGAUGUAUUCAGUGUGAUUAGGGAACACCACCAACGCCAGGAAGAUGAAGAAAGAAGUUCUGAAAUAAAAGAGGCUCCUGAUAGUGUAAUUGGCGAUCGAUACUUAUGCAAGAUUUGCUUGAACUCUUGCGUAAAAACGGUUACUCUUCCCUGUCGUCAUAUGUCGUGUUGUGGUAAUUGUAUAGUGACUCAAACAAAGUGUCCUAUUUGUAGGAAGAAGAUUAAAUAUACUCUUGAACCCUAUUUAUAAAAUAAAGAAAGAUCUCGCAAUAUCACUAUAUGGUAAUAUAAAGAUUAUGAGAGGUAUACAUAUACACGAGAAUAAGAGAUUUAUUAUUGUAGUGUGUAUUUAGAGAGAAAAAUAAUAUCGUGUAAACUGAAAAUACUACUACUGUCAUUUUAUCGUUAAUAUUCCUUUGUAAACAUGUAGUUCCCUUGUAAUCCUGUAGGCGUAUGAUUUAUUAUUCGAAUAUAAAAUAAUUCUAGGUGUAUAAACGUAUAUAUAUUUCUUUUCAACCUUGCCUAUAAACGGUCAUAUGAUCUGUUUACGAUACUGUCAUGUCGCAAAAUAUUCCAUUACACAUCGACGAUCAGCAAUAUCAUGUCGAUUUUAGUGGUAUGACAAGCGAAUAUAAUCGCAGAAUGACAUUUGGGCACGAGUCGUCCUCGUAUGUUAUUAAUCCAAAGAUACUUGCAAAGGCUGGUUUUAUGAGAUGCGGUCUAUCGUCUAAACAAUACAUAGUUUGUGUUAACUGUCAUCUAUAUAUCGACAUAGACACCAUCAUGCCAUGGGACGAUAUUGUGAAGAUCCAUAAGGAUAAGAAUCCGCUUUGUCUCCUCGCACGAAAUCUACCUCCUCUUCCAAGAUCAAAGAUCUUUGAAAAUCGUUUCGAUCCAGCGACUGGAUUACCGGCCGAUUUAAGAUACGAAAUAAAGAGAUUAGAAACAUUCAUAGAUUGGCCAAACAAAGUGGUACAAGCAAAAGACUUAGCCGCUGCUGGAUUUUUCUAUACGAGAGACACAACCUGCUGCAUCUGUUUUAGCUGUCACAAAUACAUGAAUUUUUCUUACGAUAAACCUAUCGUUAUAAGAGAUAUGCAUUUAAAGAAAAGUCCUAACUGUAAGUUUGCACAGGGUAAGUCAGUAGGCAAUAUACCCAUACGCAUGAGUAACAUUCUCAAUAGUAUUGUAAAUCAGAAGAGAGUUGCAGUAACAUCAGCAACAGCGACAGCGACAGCAACAGCGACAGUCGACCAGGAAGAUUUGAUAAAGACUCGAUACGAAUACGCUGGUCCGUUGCACGAUUAUUAUAAAACGACCCAAUCGCGGCUGGAGAGCUUUUUAAAUUGGCCUCAUCGUCAUCGUCAAAAAAUAGAGGCGCUAGUAGAGGCCGGAUUCUAUUAUCUUGGGAUUAGCGAUCACGUUCAAUGCUUUCACUGCGGUGCUUGUCUUCGCAACUGGGAGGAAGAUGACGAUCCUUGGAGAGUACACGCCGAGUGGUAUCCCGAAUGCUAUUACGUUCAAUUAAAGAAGGGAAAAGAAUUCAUCGACAAGGUCAGAUUAGAAGUAUCUCGUAUACCGAUGUGGAGACACAGUUCCAGCACCAGCCAAGAUACAUCGGAACAUGAUUGGAACAUCCUCCUGGGUUUGGACUAUACCAAACGCUUGAUAUUGGUGCAGGGGUUUCCCGUCGUUGCCGUUCGAGAUGCGCUCUGCGAGCAAAUUCUACAGACCGGCAUACCUUUUUCCAGAGAGGUCGACUGUACUUCAGCUGUACGGAAAAAAAUCGAAUCGUACGAGGAAAAAAAUAACAAUAAACUAUUGUCAGCAGAGCGUAUUGCAAAUUAUCGAACGGUGUACGCUGUGAUGCGAUUUAUACAAAUGGUUAUGGGAAAGAACUACAAUCGUUCCUAUCCUACCGGUUGUAUCGAGAAUUCGGUUUACCUGUAUAAGCAGUCAGCCUUUAACGAUAGCGGAGACCCCAAUAUCCCGAUGUAUCGUCAUGAAAUUUCCUUUAAUCUUCCGUAUCCCGAUCACACAUAUACCGGCUAUCAUAUCGAGAGCGAGUAUCGCAUGACACUGGACAGACUUAACUCUUACGAAAUUACCUCUCGAAUAAGUUCUAUUCUAGAUCAAGAACAGAGCGCAUCCCUAACUGCGAUAUGGGGAUAUCUGGUUCGACAGACAACAACAACAAAAAAGACAAAUACGUCAGCCUCUAAUGUGGAUAGGGGAGACAUAACAAAUGCACUAGAUUCA